AGUAGCUGACAGCUGAUUGAUUCUGACUGGUGGUGUUCGAAUGUUAAUACAAGUCACUGCAUUGAGUUGAGUUCAAAUCUAUUGUUUACCAAUUACAAGAUCUAAGUAAACACUUUGGUUAUGUAACACAAAUAAAUUCAAAAGUUAUUUAAACAAAGCGUUUACCAUAUCCACAUAGACCGGAUCAAAAUGUCACAUAUUACCGAAGAUUAUUUAAGCGGAGUAAUACGCCGGAUAGCAGUGGUAUGUCAGCUCAGUGAUUGGAGUUUUGUACAAGAAAAGUUUGUGAAUAUGGCCCAGAAUUACUUCGGAGACUUAAUACCGAUCACACUGUCUGGUACACGUCAUGGGGUUUCAGUGUCAUACAAUAUAGUUUUGAAAUUGGCGCCGAUUAACGAGGAGUACCGAGUGAGCGGCGCUGUAACCGUGAUGUUUGCGAGAGAAACAUACGUGUAUUCUACUCUAAUGAAGGCAUACAGAGAGAUACUGCAACGUUUGCCACCCCAAUCUCAGUAUGUUAUACCUAAAUGCUACUAUGUCCAGCAGGAGUACUGCAAGGAGGUUAUAGCUCUGCAAGACAUGACUGUGGAAGGGUACAGGCCCUAUGUACAUGCCAUGUUCCUGGAUCUAGAUCAUACUCUGGUAUCUCUAAAGAGUCUUGCUAAACUGCAUUCUCUGUCAUUUAUUCUACAAAAUGAGAGACCUCAGCAGUUUGAAGACAUAAUGACCAUUUGUGGGCCACUGACAGAGAGUACCAACUCUAGGUACAUGGACAUAAUGAAAGACAGACUAGAUAAGGCACUGAAAAAGUUUCCAGCCUCAGAUAUAACCCCAGUGUUACAAAAGUUGAGGAAGAACUGUGCUAAAUAUUUCAAAGCCGCUGUCUAUUCAGUACAAAAUACUUGUAUUUGUCACGGUGACAUUUGGAAAGAAAAUAUUCUUUACAAAUAUGAGGGUAACAAGCCGGUAUCAGCGUGUGUGAUAGAUUACCAGACUACAAGAAAGUGUUGUCCAGCGUUUGACGUGAUGUACCUUAUACUGAGCAGUACUAACUCGGAGCUGAGGAACAAAUACUUCCAGCAGCUGAUGGAAAUAUACUACAGAACAUUUGAAAUAGCAUUAAAAGACGCAGGGAUCUCAUCACAAACUGUUUAUUCUAGGCCAAUGUUUGAUGCUGAUAUGAGGGUAGUAGCUCCUGCUUGCUUGAUAACAGCCAACACUGCAUUAUGGUUGUCUAACGGUUUGCAAGAGGAGGGACAUGUGAGGAGCAAACACCAAUGGACUACCAAGGAGGAGAAGGAAAAGGCAGUGGAAAAAUAUAAAACUAUUAUAUCAACAAUGAUUGAUGAUCUUACUAAUUUUGGAUACAUGCCUCUUAAUGAAUUCUAAUUCAGAACAGCAAUAUAGGAUGUGAUUUAAAAGACUGUAUGUAUGAAGUUAAGAGUACAGGGAUGUUAUACAUAUACUAUAAAUUAUUUAUUCUUAUGUUUACAUAUCAAAUACAAUAGAAUGAAAAUUCAUACUAGUAUGAAAAAUAAUUACAUUUUUAAUCAAAACUAGUAACAAUGUUUAUGGCAGCUAACAUUCAGACAUUUGAUAGGAAAUAAAUCUGUAGAUAAGAAAUGAAAUAAAUAAAUAUGCAAUUUCAUGUAAAUAAGUUAUGUUAAACCAAAACUGAUUUUUGGUUGAUUGUUAUGUACAUACAAAUUGUAUUUAGGAUUUACACCAAGCCAAAUUGUUGAAUAAUUUUACAUAACAUAAAUAAUAAGAGUUUUAACAUUG